AUGGGUGGCGAUCUAAACUUGAAGAAAUCAUGGCACCCGUCGCUCCUCCGAAACCAAGAGCGGGUAUGGUCCGAAGAAAAACGCGCCCUGGACGAACGCAAAAAAGUCGACCAGCUGCGCCGCGAGCGCGACGAGGAGCGCCAAAUCCAAGAACUGCAGCGGCUGCAGGAAACCGCGGGCGGGUCGCGCCAGCACAACCGCGUCGACUGGAUGUACCAGGAGCCGUCGGGCGCGUCGGGCCAUGUCGCGGAGGAGAUGGAGGGGUAUUUACUGGGGAAGCGCCGCAUUGAUGGCAUUUUGCUGAAGAAUGACGAGAGUAAGAAGUUGGGGAAGGGGGCCGGGGUUGAAGUUGGCGGUGGUGCUGGCGCUGCGGCCCUUCCGCCUGUUGUGCAUAAUACGCGCGAUACGAUGGUUAAGGUUAUGGCGGAUCCGUUGUUGGAGAUUAAGAAGAGGGAGCAGGCGGCGUAUGAGACUAUGGUUAAGGAGUCUGUGAGGAAGCGGGAGAGGGAGGAGGGGAGGGAGCGGAAUAGAGAUCGGGAUCGGGAUCGCGAGCGCAGUCAUCGCCGCAGACGGGAUAGCGGUGAUGAUUCACAUUCGCAUCGGCAUAGUCACAGCCACCGGCAUCGACGCCGCUCAAGGUCGAGGUCGAGGUCUCCUCGUGAAGACCGGGAUGAUCGCCGCCGCAGAGACGACCGGAGGAGCCAUCGGGAUCGCGACGGCGAUAGAGAAGACAGAGGGGAUAAGGUCUACCAUUCGAGUAGCCGGCGGGACCGUGACGAGCGGUACGAUCGAUCCGCGCGCAGGUCUGCCUCUCCUCGGUCAGACCGCCGCCGAGACGACCGGAGAGACCGUGACCGUGACCGUGACCAGGACUCUCGCAGGGAUAGAUAUGGCCGGAACGGCGAUCGAAGAGAUAACCGCGGCCCGCGAGACUCGGACUCAUUCGGCCGGAAUCGAGACCGGGCGCCGAACCAUAGAGAUGGGCCCCGUCCAGCUGCAGACCAGCACGCCCAGGACCUGGAGGAGCAGCGCAAGCGCAGACUCGCUGAGAUGCAGUCGAACGCGCAGGAUAUGGAACAGACCCGCCGGCAGCGCGUCACCGAAGUCACGGAGAUUGAAGAGAAACAGAGGGAGGAAGAUGACAAGAAGCGGACAGACCGGGGUCAGUUCAUGUCUGGCCUUCAUCGGCAGCUCCAAGAGGAUAGUUUGGAUGAGCGUAUUCGCCGGAGUCGUGGUGGGCUGGCGAAAGUCGGUGAUGACGAGUGA